UGAACAUCGUCAAAGAAAAAAUUAGUGUUCUGAACGAAAUCGAAGAAAAUUUAAGUGUUCUGUCAGAAAAAAUAUAGAAUUAAAAAGAAUGGAUUUUCAAGAGAAUUCGCCAGCUGGAAACAAAGAAUCCACCAACAUGCAGCAACAGUGUAGGCCGGGAUCAGCAAAUAAAGAAACGAUUCCGUUGAGUUGUAAUACUCUACAUUGGUUCGGUGUGGUUGGCGAUGAUAUGGUCGAUGAAAGAUUUACCAUCGAUACAUCAAUUGAUCUUUCAGAUUUAGGAGAAAAUUAUCAAGGACAGAGAGAUCGAGAAGAACGAAUAAAGCAAUUAAAAGAGAAACAAAACGAGGAGAGACAACGAAAAUUAGAGGAGUUAAAGGCUCAAGCAUUGGCCACGCAAAAAUUUCGCGAACAGAAGGAUGAAGAGCGUAGACGUCGUAUUGAUGAUUUGAAAUCGCGUGAUAAUGAGAAGCGCCAGCAAGUGGAAGAAAGAAAAAAGGCAAUUUGGGAAGCGGAGAAAGAGCGUCGUGAAUAUAUUUUAAGGAAAAAUCAGGAACGUGAUCAGCGACUUGAAACAAAGAAGAAGAAUGAAAGAAGUCAAAUUGCAUUUGCAUUCGGUUCUUCAACCCCUCGUAUGUUGGAUAGUGAAUGUGGAUCGAUUUGGGCAUAUAGAAGAGCAAAUUCUAUUCAAAAUGUAUGUACUAAUACAAGCAUUUCUCCAGUAACUCGUCGCAGUUCUGAGCGUGAACUGAACGAAGGCUCAAAGAAAAGAGCAGCAUCGGCGAGUGGUUUGGAUAGACAAAGUGAAGCUCAAAAAAGAAUGUCAUCGUCAAUGCACGAAGUAUUUCAUUGGGGUCCAUCCACAUCCGGUCCCAAAAAAUUAUCAUUAUCAGUAGCUGGCUCACAAAUUGAUUUUGAAGGACCACCAUCUACGUCUAAGCAAACAGCAGCAGCUCGAUAUUCAGCACGAAAUAGACAUAGCAUGGUGAUGGUAGAUAAUAGUCAGGAUGAUUCAUAUGACAGCCGUAACGGAUUUUCGGUGCAUCGCCGAAAAACUGAUUUAAUGCCAACCAUUCCUAGUCCUCGUGAUCGUGAUUUAUAUCGAUCAUCGGUAGGCACGCACACUCCUCGUACUCCAGGACGAGCAUUCUCAAUGACACGCUUGGAUCAGUUAUCGAAACCUUUCCGUCGUAAUGGUGAGCAUAUUUGUGCCAUUCUAGAACGUGAAAGACGUAAGGCAAUGGAUCUAGAGAAUUUAUCAAAAGCUUCGUUAACGCAAGCAUCUCCAAGUAGUGAUAAGAGGAAGUCACGCAGUAUGUCACAACUUAAUGGACGUAUAAAGAGUCGUGACAAUAGUCGUACUCGCCAAAAUCGAUUGGUAUCAUCACCAUUGCAAAGACAUAUUAAGAAUACUGAGACAACAAGGAGUAUGACACUUUUAACUGGUAAUAAUGAUAAAAAGUCGUCAUCAGCAACGGCCACACCGUCAAAAUCAGGACUUCGUUCAGGCGAGAUGACCCCAAAAAGUAUAUCUAACUCUAGACCAGGCAGUGCAAUGUCAUCGUCCACAACUAAUUCUGCUAUUGUUAACAAGAGAACAACUCCAGUAAGAAAAGCUCGUCCAGUUAGCAUUGCCGUUACUGGUGUCAGCAAAGAUUUGGAAAAAUCUCCAGCUCCAAACAGUGCAUCAAAGCCAAUAAAACGAACACCAAGUGCAGCCAAAUCAACUCCAUCAACAGCAUCCGAAUCAACACCGAAAACGAAAACGACAAGCAGUGCAAAGGCAACCCCAAAAUCGUCAACUACUCCAUCAAUUAUGUCACCAGCUAGCGAAGUUGCUCCAAAAAUAAUCCAACAGCAACAACAGACCGUUACCAUUACACAAGAAAUCAUUAAAACAGCAGAUGGUGAAUGUAAGAAUGAAAAGACAAUUAUUAAUAAUGUGAUUAAAUCUGAACAAAAACAUACGGAAUUAUCAUUCGUUGAUGGUCAAGCACCUUCGUCAGAUGAGACUAUAACAAAUGAUGUUGUAAAGACGACGGUUGAAAUUGCGCAAGAAGUUGUAGAUAGUGUAAUCGAUAAGAUUGAAACUCAAGAGAAUCAUAUUGAGACAGUCGAAGUUAAGCCAGAAAUGCAAGAAAGCACACCAGUUGUUCCACAAGUUGUACAUGCUCCACAGCCACAACAAUUAUUAACAAAUUCCAUAUUGGAAAAUACUGAUAUGACUGCUUCAAUGAUAGCCAAAACAAAGAUAACAACUGAAGAGGAAGCCAAGGCAGCAAUUGCUGAGCGCAGACGUCUUGCACGUGAAGAGGCUGAGAGGCAAGCUGAAUUAGAAAGGAAAAGAAUUGAGGCUGAGGAAAUAGCGGAAACAAAAAGACAAUUAGAGGAAGAGGAAAAACAUCGUUUGAUGGAACUAGAAGCAAAUAAAAUGGCUGAGGAACAAAGACGUCUCGAAAUGGAAAGAUUACAACAGGCAAUCGAAGAAAAUAUAAAGCGCGAACAGGAAGAGAUAAAACGUAAGGACGAGGAAGCUAAACAGAAAGUUGAACGUGAAUUGGCUGAACAAAAAGCUCGUGACGAAGCUGAACGCGCUAAGAUUGAAACUGCUGAAAGGCUAAAGAAGGAAGAAAAGGAACGUGAAGAACGUAGGAAGCGUGUUGAAGCAAUUAUGGCUAGAACUAGAAAAGGAGCUGCAAAUACACCAUCAAAGAACGACGAAUCAAUGGAUAUGUCAAAGAGUCAACUAGAGUUGUCACAAUCAAUGACUGAAAACACAACAGCACCAUCAACAAAUAAUGAAUCAGAACAAUCAGAUGAUAAAAUGGAUGUGGCAAAGGAAGAUGAAAUAAAGGAACCUGAGAAACCAAAUCAGCCACAAAUGGAAUAUGAGAAGUCAGUAACGGAGAAAGAGAAUAUGCUGAUGAGUAGCUUUAAUAAAAUGAACCUUAAUAGCAAUGGCCUCAAUAAUAAUUUGUUAGAAACAAAUAAUAAUUUGAACUUGCUAAAUGGACAGCAUGUUAAAGAUACAUCAUCAGAUCUUAUAAUUAGUGAUGCAAAUAUAAUUGAAACAACAAAUGGACACGAUAAAAACAGUAUUGAGAAUACUUUAUUAAAAGUGGCUGAAAUUUGAGUUUCUUUUGUCUACUUUUUCUAUAAUUUAAUUUAUUUUCUAUAUUGGAAUCAUUUAUAUUUGCUUCUUAUGGAAUCGAAUGAGACAUCUAAGACAUUCAUUUUCAUGAAACUGCACUAAAAACGCACACACUCGUACAAAGUUCAUGAAAACUAUAGUUAGAGAAGCUUAUUGCCAUAUUUUCGUUACAUUUACACCACUAAUAAUUUGCACAUUAAAUCACAUUGCAAUUUCUAACAAUUUCGUGCACAAUUCUUAUGUUGGAUAUGAUGGAGAUAAAAAAAUACAAUAUAUGUUAAAUUAUUUUGUGUCUAGCAAUCCGUCUGAAAUAACCACAUCCACAACAACAACAACAGAACAAUCCUCAUCAAAGCCAAUCGAGGAUAAACUUAUUGAUUUUGGCACAGAUGCAGCGAUUACAAAUAGUGAUCAGAUGUCAACAAAUUUGAAUAAUAAUAAUUUCCUAGAUAGUAAUUCUAGUUUAAUUACUCAUAAUUUAAAUAAUAAUAAUACUAAUAAUAAUAAUCUAGUCGCUGCGUCAGACAUGAAUGAUGAAAGAGGUAACUAAAGCAUGUAAUUUCUUUUUCAAAACUCAUCAAAUUCUAAUUUACUUUUACAUUUGUAUUGGCAUAAUUCACAGAUCUUUCAUUACUUUAAAUUGAGAAAGAAAGAAAAAUAAAUGAAUGCAGGUCUUAGGUGGAAAAAAAUACAUUAAGUGUUGGUAUUUUUGUUGUUUCUUAUAUUUUGAGAAAGCAUGUAUCGAAAAAAAAUUAUAUCAGCAAAUUAUGAAUGAAUUAAGUCUCAUCUGAAUAUACAUUAUAUUUAUUGACUAUAGAUGAGCAAUUUUUUUUUUGCAUAAGAUAAUGAAAAAUUCCGUAUAAUCCACAUUUAAUAAUAAAAGAAACUUUCCAAAGUCGAAUUCAAUUUUUUUUGCUAAAAAAGAAGUAUUUAAUCGACUAAAAACAUGAUGUUCAUUAAAAUGAAAAAAAUUAAAUUAAAAGAAAUGGAUGAAAUUUAAAACCGUUCGCUUGAAUUGCACAAAAAAAAAUGAAGAGAAUAAAUUGAAACUCUGAUGAUAAACUGAUUAAUUUGUAAGCUUAACUUGAAGAGAGAGAUUGUGUAUGAAUGAAACAUCCAGUAUCAUGUGCUAGUUUGUGUCUAAUCACGAAAAUCCAACUUUUCAAUAUACUUUGAGUCAAAAAACCGUUAAAAAUUCAAAUUUUUUGAAAAAUUACUGCUAAAAGUUCAAAAAAGUUUUUGAAAAAACUGGUAAAGUUCAAAAUUUUUGAAAAACAAAAAACGCUGACAAUUCAAAUUUUUUGAAAAUCGUUAAACACAAAUGAAGUUUAUCUCAUAUUAACACAACACACAUGGAUGCUGGAAGAAAUCUUUAAUUAAAAUGGAAAAUCUAAUUAAUCAAAAUUAAAAAGAAAGCUGAUAAUAAAAAAAAUAUCAUUUGAUGAUUCUUUAGUAAUUACUUAUUUAUGUUUAGAACCGUAACAUAUUUUAUGUUAUCGAAAGCAUGCUUGAUGACGAUAAAUGGAAAAUGUAGGUCGAUUUCACAAAAGUGACUUUGGUCCAAAAUUUCCAUUAAAAAACAUAGUUUUGGGGUGCUUACAGUGCUCAUAAUAAUUUUUUAUUCGACUUUAGGUAGAUUACAUUUUUUAUAUUUAGACAAAAGAAGAAGCAUAUUGCUAUACAGAUUUUUUGAUUAGAUCUUUUUGCCUUUUUACCAAAAAAAAAAAAAAAUAAUGAAAACUAUUAAAAGUAUGAAAUCACAUUGUGUCACUUGUGCUGAUUAUGACACAAAAUUGAAUAAAAAUGUUGAUUUUCUUCUCUGUGAAAUGUUUAAAUUAUGCACUUUAUGGAAUUUAUGUAAACUUUUUAAACAAUAAUUUCUUUUUCAUAAGAGAACCGAUGGAAUCAGGAAUCACCUUCCUCACAGAAACUAAAUGAAUAUGUUAUCAGAGAUAUUAGAGAAUCAAAUGCAUAUUUAAUAAAAGAAAAUAAUUAUUAUGAAAAAUAAAUCGAUGUCUUUUCUUCUUUUCUUAGUUUACAGCUCCGCUCAUUUCAUUCCAAACAGAUCCUUCAAAUCCUCAAUCGUAAGUUUUGAUGCAUUUCGCUUAGCUCCAGUCAAUGCGCUCUCUGCAAUAUUCAUUUUUUCUUGCUGCUUUUUCAGGAUCUUCUCCUCUAUUGUAUCCUCGCAGAUGAAU